AUUUCCGCCUGUAAAAAGAACCUUCUCGCUCGCCGUCGGCAGUUUGAAUCAACUUUAUUUAUAGCAGGCUUUGACAAUUUGUUAAACAUGGGUGCACGGGUUACGCGUGUGUUCAGGAAUUAUAACUUGGAAAACCGAGUGCACCGAGAACUCUCCAAGGACAAGCCGCGAGCGGCGCCCCGGCACGCGGUCAAGCUUCCAUCGACAGCCUCCAGCCUGCAAGAAGUGGAUUCGUUGAACCAGAAGAACGCGCCGCUGCUGGACCACCUCAGGUCCGUGUACGUGGAGUCCAGAGAUCCAGCACCGGCUGCAGCAGAGGUAUUGAAGGACGUGACGGCGGGGAAAGAACAGCGACGACUUCUCAAGUUCAGUGUCCCAGCAUCUCCGUUGGGCCUGGUGGAGCUCACGGAUGUUCCCAUUGGUAAACUGACCAUUGCUGAGGCCCUGAAGGCUAUGGGCAGCCACCAGCACCAGCCUCAGACAUGGAGCCCCGAAAAGAUCGCACAAGAGUAUUCUCUGGACUUGAAAGAAACUAAAGCUCUUUUAGAGUUCUUUGUCCCCUUCAAGGUUGAGAUCAUACCACCCAAGACUAAAAAAGCCAAGGAGAUAAAGGCUGCGUAGGACUAGAGUCUCUGACAUCUCUGUGGAAAAUGACAGCAUAUUUAAUUUAUUUAUGUAUUUCAGUGUUUGUCACUGCAAGAAUGAGCUGAUUGAAAGCUUGGACAUUACAUAUUGCUGACAUGGAGAUGAGAUCAUAGGAAAUUUCAUGGGACAUAUUACCAGAUACAAAACACCCCUACAAUAAACAUGAGAAUAAUUCUAGAUAUUUAAUCUU